UCAUCGGCACCCGCCCAAAUACCAUGGCACUGCGUGCGCCCUUUGCCACCGGAACCUCCCCUUCCAAUGAGACUUUCUGAUUGUGCCUACCAACUCUCCUAUUAGGAAACCCGUGGGUUGCAUGCAGCUAUUCCGUUGUAUUCUGUUCUCACUCUCCCUCCCCUCUCUCGCUCGCACUCUUGCUGGAGGCACAUCAGUACCAUUCUGCUGAGAAGAAAAAGCCCACAACUACCUUAAGGGGUUAAGACAAUAUGCGCAACUCUGGACUUCUAUAGCGAUCACUAUUUAAAUCUGGCAAGAGCCCGACACCAGUCUUUGCAAGAAUGGAGUCCGUAAAACAAAGGGUUUUAACCCCAGGAAAAGAGGGGCUAAAGAAUUUUGCUGGAAAAUCUCUCGGCCAGAUCUACAGGGUGCUGGAGAAGAAGCAGGAGGCCGGGGAGACCAUCGAGCUGACGGAGGAUGGGAAGCCGCUGGAAGUGCCUGAGAAAAAGGCGCCGCUGUGCGACUGCACGUGCUUCGGCCUGCCACGGCGCUACAUCAUCGCCAUCAUGAGCGGCCUAGGCUUCUGCAUCUCGUUCGGCAUCCGCUGCAACCUGGGCGUGGCCAUCGUGGACAUGGUCAACAACAGCACCAUCCACCGCGGGGGCAAGGUCAUCAAGGAGAAAGCCAAAUUCAACUGGGAUCCGGAAACCGUGGGGAUGAUCCACGGUUCCUUCUUUUGGGGCUACAUCAUCACCCAGAUUCCUGGCGGCUACAUUGCGUCUCGGCUGGCGGCCAACAGAGUUUUUGGAGCUGCCAUACUUCUUACCUCUACCCUGAAUAUGCUAAUCCCAUCAGCAGCCAGAGUGCAUUAUGGGUGUGUCAUCUUUGUUAGGAUAUUGCAGGGGCUUGUUGAGGGUGUCACCUAUCCAGCAUGUCAUGGAAUAUGGAGCAAAUGGGCCCCUCCUCUAGAGAGGAGUAGAUUGGCUACCACCUCCUUUUGUGGUUCCUAUGCUGGAGCGGUGAUCGCAAUGCCUUUGGCUGGUAUUCUAGUUCAAUACACUGGCUGGUCUUCAGUAUUCUACGUCUACGGAAGUUUUGGGAUGGUCUGGUACAUGUUUUGGCUUUUGGUGUCUUAUGAAAGUCCUGCCAAGCAUCCUACCAUUACAGAUGAAGAACGUAGGUACAUAGAAGAAAGCAUUGGAGAGAGUGCAAAUCUUUUAGGUGCAAUGGAAAAAUUCAAGACUCCAUGGAGGAAAUUUUUUACAUCUAUGCCAGUCUAUGCAAUAAUUGUCGCAAACUUCUGCAGAAGCUGGACAUUUUAUUUAUUGCUUAUUAGUCAGCCAGCAUAUUUUGAAGAAGUCUUUGGAUUUGAAAUCAGCAAGGUUGGUAUGCUGUCUGCUGUGCCACACUUAGUAAUGACAAUUAUUGUGCCUAUUGGAGGGCAGAUUGCAGACUUUCUGAGAAGCAGGCAAAUUCUUUCAACUACUACAGUAAGAAAGAUCAUGAAUUGUGGUGGUUUUGGCAUGGAAGCGACCCUGCUUCUGGUGGUCGGCUAUUCUCACACUAGAGGGGUAGCUAUCUCAUUCUUGGUACUUGCCGUGGGAUUCAGCGGAUUCGCUAUAUCUGGUUUCAAUGUUAACCACCUGGACAUUGCUCCAAGAUAUGCCAGUAUCUUAAUGGGCAUUUCAAAUGGUGUUGGCACAUUGUCAGGAAUGGUUUGCCCUAUCAUUGUGGGUGCAAUGACAAAGAAUAAGUCGCGCGAGGAGUGGCAGUACGUGUUCCUGAUCGCCGCCCUGGUCCACUACGGCGGAGUUAUAUUUUACGCAAUAUUCGCCUCAGGAGAGAAGCAGCCCUGGGCAGACCCCGAGGAAACAAGCGAAGAAAAAUGUGGAUUCAUCCAUGAAGACGAAUUGGAUGAGGAAACGGGGGACAUUACUCAAAAUUACAUAAAUUAUGGCACCACCAAGUCGUACGGCGCCACGACACAGGCCAAUGGAGGCUGGCCCAAUGGCUGGGAAAAGAAAGAGGAAUUUGUACAAGAAGAAGGACAAGACACAUACACCUACAAGGACCGAGAUGAGUAUUCAUAACAAAGCUAACUUGCUGGAUUUAUUUUUAGUGUUUGUGAUUAACUUAAUUGUGAUUGCACACAAAUUUUACAAAUACGUGGUGUAAACAUGUAAACAUAUCAACCAGGCAAGUCUUGCUGUAAACAUGAAAUGAAAACAAACUCCUGAAGUUACCAUCCUGUGCAAUCUGUGGAAGUUGUGAAAGUCCAUCAUUUCCAUUCAGGUCAUCUUGCGUUUGCGACUUACAGGUUGACUGGUCAAAAGCGGUAGAAGCAAGCAGUUAUUCAUUGGAUUCAUAUGAGCUAGAACUCAUCACCAUUUAAUAAAGCACAACUAAGGCAGUUGGCACAUUUCAUCCUACAAAGGUUAGGAAGCCAAAGCUACUUGAGGGUGUAAAAUGCACUUAUAUAUUUGUUACACUGUAUUGCAAGAUCUCAUGCAGAAGUCCUGUUUAAAAAUAAUAAU